AAAAAAGCCCGGUUAUUCUAGCCUUUGCAACAGCGGCGGAACCGGAGCUGAAUUGGAGCGUCUCAGGUGGACAGGCGGCAGCAGUUUCCGGCUCUUCCAUUUUCUACCCAGCGACACCUCCUCCUCCCUCCUCUCCUCUGUCCGCGUCACUCCGCAGGAGCGUCUGGGAGCCGCGCCGUAUCCGUCCCGCAUCGGGUCACCUUUGCGCUUCCCCACCGGAAUCUCAACCUCAUCCGAAGAUGAAAGCUGGCCAGCCGGGAGCCGCAGUCCUGUCCCUGUCGGUGGCGAUAUUCGGGACGCUGAUGCUGCAGUCCGUGUCUUCCCAGAACGAGCCAUCGAUUGUGGCCUCUGAGCCGUUCACCAUUACUCGAGAAGAGGAGGAGGUCUUUUUGAGGUGCAACCUGACCAGCGCCUACAGUACCCCCCAGGAGAGCUACUGGAUGAAGAAUGGGGAGGAGAUCGCUGACACGCGCACCUCAAACAAAUACAUUGAAUACAGGCUCAAAAGACCAAGAGGAGAUGACGCCGGCAUCUACAUGUGUGUCUACACCUUUGACAUGGCUCCUUCUGCUAACGCCACCAUUGAAGUAAAAUCUGCUCCCCUGAUUACCGGCCAUAAGCGCAGUGAGAAUAAGAACGAGGGCGAACGCGCUGUUCUCUACUGCAAGUCUGUGGGAUACCCUCACCCCGUCUGGACCUGGUAUAAGAUCGACGACUCUAUCAUUAAGGAAAUUGACAACUCAUCCGGACGCUUCUUCAUCAACAGCAAAGACAACUACACCGAGCUGCACAUCGCCACCCUGGACAUUAACCUGGACCCCGGCGAGUACAUGUGCAAUGCCUCCAACAUUAUUGGCAACAACAGUGAGACGUCUGUGCUGAGGGUGCGCAGCCUCUUGGCACCGUUGUGGCCUCUGCUGGGCGUUUUGGCUGAGAUCAUCAUCCUGGUUAUCAUAAUCGUUGUGUACGAGAAGCGCAAGAAGCCAGAAGAUUUACAAGACGAUGACGACCUAGCCGGACCAGUGAAAACUAAUUCAACCAACAACCACAAAGACAAGAACCUUCGUCAGAGGAACACAAACUGAGAAACAUGUCUGAAGAGUCUCAUUAUUCAUGUAUUGACCAUAUGAAGGUAAACGAGAAGGAACUCCAUGUCAGUCGCUCAUAAGAUGUAUCUGCCAUUAGAGAAGCGGUUUUGGGGCGAGUUAAAUGAGGCAUGCCUUAUUAUUUUCCUGUGUGAGGGUGUGUGACAUGAAGGUACUUGAACCAUAACAAAGUUAACAUUUUACCCACUGUUGCUGCAUGCAGUUGUUGUUUGAGGUUUUUUUUCUUCUCGAUCACUAAUAUUAUAUUUUUACAACUUAUAAGGUAAUGCAUGCAAAAUACUGACCUUCUGUUUGACACAGAAAUGGCUUUCUCUCUUAUUUUUAUUUUUUUCCUGAGGUUGUAGAAACUGUACUGUGAAAAAAAAAAAAGAAACGCUGCAGUGGAAA